AUGGAAGAAGAACUUCCCCCUUUUUAUGGAGAAAGUGCCAAGCCGGUGCAGGCUACUCCGUCAUCUCUGAAGAUGUUAGAUGUGGGCAAGUGGCCCAUCUUCUCCCUUUGUUCUGAGGAGGAGCUGCAGCUGAUUCGCCAGGCCUGUGUGUUUGGAAGUGCCGGCAAUGAAGUUUUAUAUACGACAGUGAACAAUGAGGUGUUUGUGCUUGGCACAAACUGCUGUGGCUGUUUGGGGUUAGGCGACGUCCAGAGCACCAUCGAACCCCGGAGACUGGAUUCUCUAAGUGGCAAAAAAGUAGCCUGCCUCAGCUACGGGAGCGGGCCACAUAUUGUUCUUGCCACAUCAGAAGGAGAAGUUUUUACGUGGGGUCAUAAUGCUUAUAGCCAGCUGGGCAAUGGGACAACUAAUCAUGGCUUGGUGCCCUGUCAUAUCUCCACUAAUUUGUCCAACAAACAAGUGAUUGAAGUUGCCUGUGGGUCUUACCAUUCUUUGGUGCUAACAUCUGAUGGAGAAGUAUUUGCCUGGGGUUAUAAUAACUCUGGGCAGGUCGGUUCUGGAUCAACAGCUAAUCAGCCGAUCCCUCGAAGAGUCACGAGCUGCUUACAGAAUAAAGUAGUUGUGAACAUAGCAUGUGGGCAGAUGUGCUCCAUGGCCGUGGUGGACAAUGGGGAGGUUUAUGUCUGGGGUUACAAUGGAAAUGGGCAGCUCGGACUUGGCAGUGGUGGCAACCAGUCAACCCCCUGCAGACUAGCUCUGCAAGGUGUUCGCGUCCAGCGGGUUGCCUGCGGCUACGCACACACAUUAAUAUUGACAGAUGAAGGCCAAGUAUAUGCUUGGGGUGCAAAUUCUUACGGCCAGUUGGGCACUGGCAAUAAGAGUAACCAGUCCUAUCCUACUCCGGUGGUUGUGGAAAAGGACAGAAUUAUAGAAAUCGCAGCCUGCCACUCCGCCCACACAUCUGCCGCCAAGACCCAGGGCGGGCACGUGUACAUGUGGGGCCAGUGCCGGGGCCAGUCGGUGGUGCUGCCUCACCUCACCCACCUCUCCUGCACCGACGACGUGUUUGCCUGCUUUGCCUCUCCCGCCGUCUCCUGGCGCCUCCUGUCUGUGGAGCCUGACGACCACCUCACAGUAGCCGAGUCUCUGAAGAGGGAAUUUGACAACCCCAGCACCGCGGACCUGAGAUUCCUGGUGGAUGGAAAGUACAUUUAUGCACAUAAAGUCCUUCUCAAAAUCAGGUGUGAGCAUUUUCGUUCUUCGUUGGACAACAAUGAGGACGAUAUUGUAGAAAUGAGUGAAUUUUCGUAUCCCGUUUACCGAGCCUUCCUGGAAUACCUGUACACAGACAGCAUCAGCCUUCCCCCUGAGGAGGCAGUAGGAUUGCUAGAUUUGGCUACAUUUUAUAGAGAAAAUCGUUUGAAAAAGCUCUGCCAGCAAACUAUCAAGCAAGGCAUCUGUGAGGAGAAUGCCAUUGCUCUGCUCUCUGCUGCUGUGAAGUAUGACGCUCAGGAUUUGGAAGAAUUCUGCUUCAGGUUUUGUGUGAACCAUUUGACUGUAGUAACACAAACUUCAGGCUUUGCGGAAAUGGACCAUGACCUCCUGAAGAACUUUAUCAGCAAAGCAAGCAGAGUUGGAGCCUUUAAAAAUUGA